AUGAUGUGGAACGAUCCACCUUCCAUGCGCUUCGGCAUAAUUAAUCCAGAGAUUGCUGCCACCAAUUUUGACGCUAGCCAAGGAGGAUUUGAGAAUGACCAAGGUUCUUUACUUGUCCUGCCUUCUGAGCCUCAUGGAAAAUUACCAGUGGAUACAUAUGAUUUAGCUCCUCGUUCUCGAUAUACUGGAAUGAAUACUACAAUCCCCUAUAGCGAAGCUCUUUCCGAUCAACUUGGCCGUUGGGUAGAUGACUUCGAGUUGGAACGCCGAGACGAAAAUGAUUAUCUUUACUUUACAGGAGGUAAGCUAUCUAAUUUGAGAAAUGCCAACUGGACCUCCAAAGCUUCCCGAGAGACCAUUUCUUCGAAUGAUGCUGAAGAAUCCGACGCCGAUGAAGCAGACACAACCAAUACGAAAAUAGGAGAACAGUCUAUAAUGCAUUACGACGGUAAACGCACUUUCGAAAAUGUGAACUCAUGGUGGGAAUUCACAGGCGCUGACAGAACCUCAGAACCUUGGUCUGAAGAAACUAGAAGUGAACUUUUACCUACUGAAGAGGAGUUCAAAUUGAUGCUCAACCAUUGUUAA